AAAACCCAUAAUAGUGAACACCUAUAAAGUAGAGCCUCAAAGUUAAACCCUAAUCGUUUUUUCAUUCUCACAUUUAUCAGCCGUUCUACAUACACUGCCACAAGAGGUGAUGGCUCCAAAGCAGCCUAAUACAGGUCUUUUUGUUGGGUUGAACAAGGGUCAUGUUGUGACCAAGAAGGAGUUGGCUCCUCGCCCGUCCGAUAGGAAAGGCAAAACAAGCAAAAGGACACACUUUGUGAGGAGUUUGAUUCGGGAAGUAGCUGGACAAGCACCAUAUGAGAAAAGGAUUACUGAGUUGUUGAAGGUUGGCAAGGACAAGCGUGCUCUUAAGGUAGCUAAACGGAAGUUGGGUACCCACAAGAGGGCUAAGAAGAAGAGAGAGGAGAUGUCCAAUGUUCUUCGCAAGAUCAGGGCUGGUGGAGGUGCCGAUAAGAAAAAGUGAGGUCUUUGUUCACAUUACAUCUCCUAGCUGAUAUUUUCUAUCCAGUGUUGAACUUAGUUAUAGUUUAAUUUCAUUUUGUGUACUUUGUGACCCAUCUUUGGGAAUUGGGAUCUAUGUAUCUUUUAUUUUGAAAAGAAUUUAAGUAUGAAUUUUGUCUCA